AUGUCCAAGCCAAGCCACUUAUACAUAGUGAUCCCAGCCGCAGGCACGGCCGUACGUUUCGGUGAUGACACCCCCAAGCAGUAUGCUCUGGUGAAAGGAAAACCAGUUCUUCUGCACACAAUUGCAUCCUUCCAGCAACUACCCCACCGAACCACAAUCGUGGUGCCAGUUGAUGAUGUUCACCGUGCCAUUGACACGAUUGGCGAUGCAGCAACUGAUAUCAGUUGGGGAAGUUCAACUUGUGGCAAUCAUAAUUCCAUCAUCAACCAUCAAAGAAGUACGUUUGAGAAGGGAAGAACAUGCUUGAGUGCCAAUCUGCUUGGCCAUGAAAAAGUACACUUUGUUCAGGGAGGACAGAGUCGACACCGCUCGAUACAUAACGGGCUCCUGGCAUUGAAAGACCUCGACGAGCCACCACAACCAGAAUCUGUAGUUGUGAUCCACGAUGGUGCUCGACCUGUGGUUCCUGUUAAAAUCAUGGACCCUCUCAUCCAAGCUGCCAUGCGGCACAAAGCGGCUGGAAUCUCACGACCGCUGGUGUCGACGGUGAUCUCCGUGAACGAAGAUGGGUUCCUCGAGGAAGUCCUCGAUCGUGAUAAGUAUCUCGCAAGCGAAAUGCCACAGGCUUUUCUCUACGACGUGAUCACGAGGGCAUACCGGCACUGCACCGACGCAGACCUGGAUCGCGGAACGGAGUGCCUGAACCUGGUGCUGAAGUAUUGUGGAGUGCGGGCAAAGGUAAUCCCAGGACCAGAGCAGCUGUUCAAGGUCACCUUUCAGCGCGACCUCCCCGCCUUGGAAUACGAGUUGGAUCGACUCGACUCGAGGCACAAGGAUGGUGUUCCUCGAGAAUGA